AUGGUCUCGUCUUACCCUUUACCGGACGGCUUCACCGAGUUUGAAGUCUUCUAUUUUGGCUCGUUUCUGCUGGUGGAGGGUCUGAUGGGCUUCUGUCUGAAUGCCAUGACGAUCGUUGCUUUCCUCAAAGUGCGGGAGCUGAGGACCCCCAGCAAUUUCCUGGUCUUCAGCUUAGCCAUGGCUGACAUUGGCAUCUCCAUGAACGCCACCGUCGCUGCUUUCUCCAGCUAUCAGAGGUACUGGCCCUAUGGCUCCAGCGGAUGUCAGACUCACGGUUUCCAAGGAUUCGUCACAGCUCUUGCCAGCAUCCACUUUGUGGCAGCCAUCGCCUGGGACAGAUACCACCAGUACUGCACCAGAACCAAACUGCAGUGGAGCAGCGCUAUCACUCUGGUCAUAUUCAUCUGGAUGUUCUCUGCCUUCUGGUCGGCCAUGCCUCUUCUGGGCUGGGGAGAGUACGACUACGAGCCCCUGAGGACCUGCUGCACCCUGGACUACAGCAAGGGAGACAGAAACUAUGUGUCCUACUUGAUCCCCAUGACCAUCUUCAACAUGGCCAUCCAGUCGUUUGUCAUCAUGUCCUCCUACCAAGCUAUUGGAGAGAAAUUCAAGAAGACUGGAAACCCCAAGUUCAACACUAACGCUCCUCUUAAGACGCUGCUGAUGUGCUGGGGCCCCUACGCACUCGUGUCCUUCUACGCCAUUGUAGAGAACGCCGCCCUGGUCUCUCCUAAGCUCAGAAUGAUGGCUCCCAUCAUGGCCAAGACGGCCCCGACCCUGGACGUUUUCCUAUACGUGCUGGGAAAUGAGAACUACAGGGGCGGCAUCUGGCAGCUGCUCACGGGAGAAAAGAUCGAAGCGCCGCAAAUAGAGAACAAGUCCAAAUAAACUAAGCAUGCAAAGAAAACACACACAACACGUUCUCAGUGGUUUCUCACAGGUACCAAAUGAUCUCUGUUUGUAUUUGUGUGUGUGUGUGUGUGUUUGUGGUGUCUCGUGCACAGUGGUGGCUCUUGUCCUGAUCAAACAUUUGUCUCUGGAGUCACACUGUUCCUAUGCUGUGUUGUGCAGACUGACAUAAACAAAAAGUGACUAUGAACUGUAUCUGUCCCGUUCAUGUUAAAUCCCAGCAAAAAGUCCACAACAGUGGACGUGAAACGUUACGAAAGGCAUGGUUUCUCCCAAUCGGAAUAAAAUUAAUUUAGUUUUUUUCCUCAAAUUAAUAUCAGAUGAUGAACGUUAUGAUAAAUUGGCGGCAGUUCACAGACGUUGUUUAGAACUGAAAUACAAGCCUGAUGUUCAGACGAGUUGGUACAGUUCCUUAAAAUGCAAACUUUUUAAUAAUCAGCAAGAUGAAGGCACUACAGUGAGUUUUAGUCAUGUGAGGCCAUAAAAAAGACCUCCGUGAUCUUUGCCCCAGACAUUGUAACAUCUGGUCAACAAUCAGUCAAAGGCUGAAGAGAUCCUGUCCUGAUGGAAAAGUCAAUUUAUUUACAUUCCUGAUAAAUGGCAUUGUGACUGGAGCAGCCUUAGCAUCAAUGCUACCUUCUCUUACAGUAUACUCUAUAUAUAGUCCACAUGUGACCACUGACCACCUCUUCACCUUUGACCUGUAGAACACAUCUAUUUCCUCUCCCUCUUUGACUCUUCCAGUUUGAGGACGUUCCAUUGACUUAGAGCAGACCGUAUAGAACCACAAAGAUUUUUAAACCCUAAGACCAUUCUGUUAUGUACAUCACGGUAGCGCUUUAGUUCGUGGUAUAAUUUGACUCAAAGGUCAUGCACAUUCAGCAGAAAUUUCUCCAAAGUAACAGUAAAAUUAACCAAACCUUUGGAGGACGGUCCUUUAUACUCUGCCCUGAUACCAAAACUUGCUGCGCGUUUCUGAAAAUGUUUUUUAGAUUUUCUAAUGUUUCUAGAAUAGAAUUGGAUUGAAGUAUUGUAGUUUUCCUGCAUUCUUAAGACUCUACUAGUCUACCAACCCUCUGGACAGGUGUGUGUGAAUCAAAUAUCUUUUGGAUUUAAUGCUGAAAAUCUGAAUUAGAAUAAGAUAGCACAAGGGAGAAACAGCGCCAGAUUAAACAUUUUUAAGGGUACUGUCUUAAAACAGAGGCACAAAAAGGUGAAUGUAUAUUAUACACUGCUAAGGUGUUAAAUACAAAAUAUAAAUAAUAACAUGACAACUCAGAAACACUCAGUAACACUUUCACAAAAA